AUGAUUUCACUAGUGACACCAUUAUCAUAUAGUAUUGCCAAUAGUACAAAACGAAUUGUUGUUAUUUGUAUUUCAUUAUUAAUAUUAAGAAAUCCAGUAACAACAGCGAAUGUUAUUGGCAUGAGUUUAGCUCUACUUGGUGUUAUGUGUUACAAUAAAGCUAAAUAUGAUCAACGUCGUGCUCAACAUAAGCAAGCUAUUAUCCCAUUAGUUCGAAGUGAACCUAAUCUACAUACAUUAAAUCUUGAUACUAUUCGAAUAAAUCAUCCCGAUGCUGAAUUAACAUCUCGUCAUCAUCCAAUAUUACAUACAAGUGGGCCAUAUUACAAUGGUUUUAUCCCGAAUUAUGCAAGUCAAUCAUAUAAAAAUAUAUAA